UCAAUGACUUACUUCUAGGUUAUGUGGCUGUGGGCUGCUAGGCGUGGGAAUCUGGCUGUCAGUGUCACAAGGAAACUUCGCCACAUUUUCUCCCAGCUUUCCGUCACUUUCAGCAGCCAACCUAGUCAUUGCCAUUGGCACAGUCAUCAUGGUGACCGGAUUUCUGGGCUGUCUGGGUGCUAUCAAGGAAAACAAGUGCCUCCUUUUGAGUUUCUUCAUUGUUUUGCUGAUAAUUCUCCUGGCAGAGCUGAUAUUACUCAUUUUGUUCUUCAUUUAUAUGGACAAGGUCAGUGAGAGCGCAAAGAAGGAUUUGAAGGAAGGUAUGAAGCUGUACAAUUCAGAAAAUAAUGUUGGACUGAAAAAUGCAUGGAAUAUCAUUCAAGCAGAGAUGAAAUGCUGUGGUGUGAAUGACUUUACGGAUUGGUACCCAGUACUGGGAGAAAACACUGUCCCAGACCGAUGUUGUACAGAAAACUCCCAAGAUUGUGGACGGAACUCCACUGAAUUAGUGUGGAAAACAGGCUGUUAUGAGAAAGUUAUGAUUUGGUUCGAUGAGAAUAAGCAUGUCCUUGGCUCCAUUGGGAUGUGCAUCCUCAUAAUGCAGAUACUUGGCAUGGCCUUUUCCAUGACACUCUUCCAGCAGAUUCACAGGACUGGCAAAAAAUAUGAUGCCUAAAGCCUCUGAAACAUUAAUCACAUCAGCCCUUCUGUCUCACCAUAAAAAUGAACAAAUGGAAUGACCACAAAGAGUAUUGAGCCUGGCCCUGCUGAGAGAAUCCGUCCUAUUGACCGAUCGACUUCGUCGUUACUUGUCUGAUUAUUAUCACAACUUGUGACUCUUUUUUUUUGUCUGUUUCACAUUUGCCAUUUAUUUGCCAAAGAGAGUGGGAGGGGAACCCAGACAAAUGGGUUUCUAUACUAAGUCAUAGAUCUGCUAUUAGAAUGUUUCCUUAACUUUAUUUAAGAAAAUGUUUUGCUGUACUAAUCCAUACUAUAUGCGCUAAAAUGAUGUGUGUUCAACUUUAAGGGAGAAUUCUUCAAAGUCUUCUGUUAAAUUUUCAACCUUCAUGUCCAGCUUACUGGAAGACUUGGAAAAGCCACUCAGACUGAGAGUUCUAGGAACUGGAGCUGCUUGGUUUGCAGCUUCUUGUAUCUUAUGGUGUAUACUUUUUUAUUAUGAUAAUGAUUAUUAUUAUGAUGAUGGACAUAGCUUAGAAUUUAGUUGCUUGAUUUAUAUCUUUUUAUUGUUUCUGUUUUUACAUAUUGUACAUUAAUUUGGGAACCACUGUGUGAUCUCCAGAGGACGUGUAUUUCAAAGUUGGUAGUUGGUGGGGGCAAAUAAAGAUAGAACUUUUCUCAAGUCCAUGAAAAGGCAUCUUCCACCUUUGUCAGGGCCUUAAUGCCUUUACUGUACCAAAGGUGGUCCUUUCAAAUCAGAGGCCCUUUUCAUCAGAUAGAAUGCAGUGCCCUCCCAUUGGGCCAGAUGGAGAGACUCCUACUCCCAUGAGGCUAAGUUCUAAUGCUUUUACCCACCCAAAGCAAUCUCUGGCUCUGUAAUUGCUGCCCCUCACUGAGUGCUUUGAUGUCACUCUUCUUCAAAGGCUAAAAAUAUUGACUGAGCAAGUGGUUGCUCCCUGGCAUAAAGGAGAGAUUUGCAAUCUGACCUGCUGGGCAGUUGGCAGUGGACUUUACAAGCUGUGUUGUCAAUUUCCAAAACAUCAUGCAAGGCAUGAUAUGCUACUGGGUAUGAGAAAGGGGGGUGGCAAUUUGUUGGUGCCUGUGUCAUGCUAUGCCCUUCAUUGAAAACGGUUUCCUCAGACAGAUGACAGCUGUCUCCCUGAGCCGACAAAGUGGCUUUGGGCAGUGAGGAAGGUAAGGUUGAUUAAAGGUGAGCAGAUGUUUCAAGAGAGGGGUGAUUUCUGGAAGCAGCACUUGGAGUCAAUAUUCAUUUUCACACCUCCAGGGCAGAAUUGGUUCUUGCUGGCAGGUUGCCAAGUCCAUCCAGUAUGGUAGUUCAGAGAUGCAUAUUUCUACCAA